AAGCUGCUUCCCUGCUUCUCUGGUUCUUGCUUCUGUACUACGUAAUUCAAACUUGAUUAUAAAUGUAGCACACACCAGAUGGACAUAUGCAGUCAAGAGUUUUAAUGCUAUCCAUUUUCAGUUAAUCCUGUUUAUUUCCCACAAUUUUCCUCUUCUACGUGCUUUAAUUCUUUAUGUGCUUGUUUCAUAUGUCUCGGAUUUUCAAGAACUACUAUGUGCUUGUUUCUUAUGUCUCGGAUUUUCAAGAUAACAGUCCAAAGCUUGAACCAUUUGCGUGUCAUAUUUAUCACUGGAAUCUAGAACAUAAAUAUUGUAAUUUGAACUUCUAUGUGCUUGUCAAUAGCAAAGUAGUUCUCUAUCUCUCUCUGUCUCUGUAGAUAUGUAUCGUGGACGGAAUUUGAAGUUCAGUCAGUUUUCUUUCAACCUGGAGUUUGCUAACUGUUAAGAAAUAGUAAUAAGCUUUGAAGCUGAUAUCACUACUUGGAUUCCUCUGCAUUCUUACACGAAAGGGACGGAAAUGUUUUCAGAUUGCUCUUUGCUAUUCUCCUUGGUAUUACUGCUACUGAUGGCAAUAGUUCGUUCUACCCAAGUUCAUCUAAGCAAUGCUAACGGCAUCAAAACUGCUGUAUUUUUGUCACCUAAGUUUGACCUGGAACCAGGAUCAGUAGCUGAAAAGUUAUUUCACAAUAUUGACUUUCCAAGAGGUCAUAUUGCUAUAAAGAGUUUCGUUGCUGAAGUGGUUGAUGAGGCAGGGAAUCCUGUACCUCUCUAUGAAACUUAUCUGCACCACUGGAUUGCUAUGAGAUACUACCGACCGAAAGCAGUUGAAAAUUCAAACAGUUCAAGCAACCAGAGGUCUGAAAAAUCAGAUUAUGUUGUCAUUAAGAACAAUGGGAUAUGUGAUGACCAUCUUCCCCAGUACUUUGGCCUUGGAUCUGAGACGAGAAAAACAGCAACAGCUGUGCCUGAUCCUUAUGGAAUAGAAGUUGGUAAUCCAGCAGAAAUUCCUGCAGGCUAUGAAGAAGGAUGGAUACUCAAUUUGCAUGCAAUUGAUACAAGGGGUGCAGAAGAUAAAUUGGGAUGCACAGAGUGCAGGUGUGAUCUGUAUAAUGUUACUCAAGAUGAGGAUGGCAAUGCUUUGGAGCCAGAAUAUAUUGGGGGAAUGAGAUGCUGUUAUGAGGAAACAAAGUGCAGACUUAUAGAAGGGUACAGGAGUCCAAGGAGAAGCUUCUUCAUGAAAUACACUGUCAAGUAUGUCGACUGGGACAACUCCAUCUUGCCUGCUAAAAUAUAUAUACUUGACGUAACUGCUAGAUGGCAAAGAUCGAACAAUUCUAAAGAAUCAAAUGGUCACAACUGCCAGAUCGAGUAUCUAAUCGAGUCCUGUUCCACAAACACAGCUCAUGAUGAUUGCAUCCACACAAAGAGCGUAUCCAUAGUUUUGCCAUCUGGGGGUGAGGUCAUCUAUGGUGUUGCACACCAACAUACAGGAGGUCUCGGUUCAACUCUUUAUGGGGAGGAUGGACGCGUUAUAUGCUCCUCCAUUCCAAUAUAUGGGCAGGGAAUGGAACCAGGAAAUGAGUCUGGCUAUAUAGUUGGAAUGUCAACAUGUUAUCCUCAACCUGGCUCCAUUAAAAUCUCCAGUGGGGAGUCUCUAACUCUUGUAUCCAACUAUAGCAAUGCUCAAAGGCAUACAGGUGUCAUGGGACUCUUUUACAUCUUAGUUGCUGAUCCUGAUCAACACUCACCAAACGCUACCUCUGCUCCUCAUGCUUCAGUUCAUGAGCACAAGAAAACGAGGCUACCCCAUUAUGUUUGGGUGGUAAUUCUUCUGUUUCAAGCAGCACUGGUUCUUGCUCUUGUCAUCACUUAUCGAAGGAAGUGUAGAAAAUCUGGAUACGAGUCUAUAGCGACCUGAGCUUGGCUCACCAAUCUCCCCUCCUGGGAUUGGGAGCUUCUGAAGAAUCACACUUGUUAAAGAAAGGCUGUAGUGAAAGAAAGGCCUGGUUUUUAUUAUAUACUAUAAUAACACAGGAUACUGUUUUCUUGUUCGUGCAUGAUAUGCAAAAUGUGAUUUUGACUUGGGGCAUGAAUUAAGUUCCCUCUUGUUUGAUUUGGAUUCCAGCAGAAAUGCUGCGAUCGUCUGUCUCAUUCCAGCUGUGACCAGAUGAGAAGCGAAUUUGCUUUCCACUCA